UCCCUGAUCUAUGGGUGUGUCUGCCGCUCACACAAACAAACACCCAGUCUACUGAUGACGUUAUGCAAACGGAAACUGAUACUCGGUCAUUAAGGGGAACUGCAGAGCUAAAUGUUAGCUAAGCCAAUGUUAUAACGGCGGUGUUAAUUUAGAAUUUCUCCAUAAAUGGCACUGUUGUUAUCAAACCGUAAUGAAACUAACGUUAUGAAACGUUAGUAACAUGCGUUAUAAUGCUUUCGAUACUGGCUGUCUUCGGCUGCGUCGCUGUCUUCAUGGUACCAGGGCUGUGCUGUCUUGAAAAGGAAUAUGCAACAAGUAAUGGAGAGUGUUGUCCGAUGUGUCACGAAGGUACAGUUGUUAAAAGAGACUGCACACUAUUCUCAGGCACACAGUGUGUCCCCUGUGUGAAUGGCACUUAUAUGAACCAACCCAAUGGCCUCAAUAAGUGUUUCCCCUGCACGUCCUGUGGUCAAGGUCUCUUUGCCAAACAGCAGGGCACAGCAACACGUGACACUGUGUGUGGUGUUUUAGAGGGCUACUUCUGCAAAUUGAGGGAUGAUACAAGAUGUAGUUUGGCUCAAAAACAUACACCCUGUGAAUCCGGUCACAGGAUAAAAACGCCUGGAACCAGCACAUCUGAUACAGAGUGUGAACCUUGUCAGCAUGGCUUUUUUUCAGAGCAUGGUGUGAACUGCACGGCUUGGACGAUUUGCUCAGAAACUCAAGUAAUGAUCCAUGAAGGAGACGCACACAGUGAUGUUGUCUGUAAAGCAACUACUCCAAGAGUGCAUUAUUUCUUAUCCAUACCUUUUUCAUUAUUAUCAUUCACAAUUGUUGGGCUUCUUAUCAAAGGCCUGCCAAAAUCACCAGUAAAAAUGUCAGAUCAUCCCUGAGCCGUGAGGCCCUGUCUGCAAACAUUCAGCCCCCUUUCAUUUUUAGCGGGGCUGCUGGAACAGACAACUGCCUGAGGAUCUUUAGCUCAAUGGCUAAUCCUCCAAAAGUCCUGAGGAAUCAUUCUUGAAGAGGAACCUAUUCUGGUUGGAGUCUUACCAAAUCAUGUUGUGUUUUCUCUUUUGCUGUUGUGCUUUGUCCUUUGUGGCCUCUGUAAAUAUGUUUGUUGUAAUAUUGUAUAGAUAUAGGGCUCUAGUUUCUAGACCGGGUGAGGCGGGGGUGCAGCGCACCUGCGCUUCGCCAGCUGGGUGUGGCUAGGUUCAUUUUGCAAGUUUGGCACACCGUGCGCCUGCCGCAGCUAUUCCUCUUUCCCACUUCCGUCCCUCCUACCUGCGCAAGUCGGAAAGAGGGAGGAGAGAAGGUGUGGAGUGGGUUUUACACACAUCACACCAAUCAAAUGAGCCCCUGUCCUCACCCUUAAAUGCGCCGUGCGAAGGCAUAACGAGAGUUUACUCAAUUCGCCAUGGCAGAAGAGAGCAGCAGCGGCAGACAGCCAAACUUCUCCCAGGGGGAACCUAAUGUUUUGGUCCGGGAGGUCCAAGCUCACAGCGUCCGAAUAUACGGAACUGCAAGCAGACCUCCACGGGCUGAUGAUGCAAAGGUAACCUGGGAGGAGGUCACCACAAUUGUAAAUCAAUGUUGCGUUUCUCUCGUGCGCGUGCGCGCGCUCUCUCUUUCUCUCUCGCAGUCUCACUCUGUUUCUUUUCUUUUGACUUUUCUAAGAUUUCUGAUUGCAGACAGUUGCAUUGAAUAGUGGGUAUUUAUUAGGGUUGGGAACGAUUAACCGAUACGACCGGGUAUCCGGUUUGACAAGCGAGAGAUACGGCUGCGUCAGUAGCAGCCUCCUCAAUUGAUACGAAUCAGCCAUGAAUCCUUAGAUGAAUCGAUUGUAGAGUCAUGGAUUCGGGUAUCGCGAGAUGAGCAAUUGGUUGACUGGCUUUAACAGUUUGCAUCUCUAAAACAACGCGAGAGCCGGCGGCAUGCUCCGGACCGUAGCAGGCAGUACUGACAACAAUAAUGGAUGUAAACAUCAGCGCCAGCGGUGGAGCUGAGGAACAGAAGCUAAUGUUGGUUGGAUAAACCAGGGAGCAGCCAAGCCGCAGCAGAAACUAAAGGCAAAUCCUGCCGGUUGUGGGUUGAACGCGGGGUCACAGACACAGACAGAAAUACGUACUCCUGUCAAAUACGGCCGCCAUAGUGCUGCGCGGCACAAGAUAAUGGCUUACCAGCGACCGAGAAGCCCGGUCCAAGAAGUCUUCGUCGGUGUCAUGACUGCCCAGAAAUACCUGAACAGCCGAGCCGUAGCGAGCCGUUCACAUUUCCACAAACCUCACCACACUUUAGGGACUGUUCUUUACUUGUCAGCGGAGGAGGGUGGCUGGUUGAUUUUGAUUUUAUUUAUUUUAUUUUGAUCCCCCCUAUGUUAAUCACUUACUGAUGCUGUUUUCGAAGUAUGAAUAAGUCAAUAAGUAAUUUAUUCCAUUGAAAUAUCAUUGAUGUAUUAUAGAAAAGUGAUUUAUCUUUUUAUAAAUGACAAACACAGAGUGUAGCAAACACAGAGAAAUAGUCUGACAUGCUGUCAGUGAUAAGCCGCUAGUCAUCACAGUCCAUGAUAUCAACUUAUAACAGGAGAUGUCAGAUUCUGCCCCUACAUUGCAUGUUAUUAUUUUAUUCUGCUUUAUGUUUAUACUGUACAGCAUUAUGAUAAACUUUAUUCCAGACUCAAGUCCAUAUAAGAUACAUACAAAAACACAGACAAUACCAUAAAAACAACACAACAAGUAGGUUUAAAACACUUAAAUUUUACUUAAAGUUCACUUCACUUAAAGUUUAAAACUUCUUCUCAUUUUUAUAUUGAUCCCAUCCAACAAAAUGAUGUUCAUUCAGCAAGUCUUUUUUUGGUCCAUGUCUAAAAAUACAUACAUUUAACAUGUGAUUUUGUUGUUGUUUGUCUUUUUAUUUUAUUUUUGCCAGUGCCAUACAGCAACAAUGCUUGGGGAUGUGGUCUUUUACAAAUUUGAAAAUACUGUAAGAAUGUCACUUUUAUAGAAUUGGCUUCUUUAUUUUAUAAUGUAUGAUUAAUGUCUACAUCAACAAAUGUUAACCGUGGAAUCGUAUCGAAUCGAAUCGUAUCGAACCGGUUCUACACUGUAUCGAAUCGUUCUGUAUUAAAAAUAUAUCGUUUUUGAAUCGUAUCGUAACCCGUGUAUCUAGAUACGUAUCGAAUCAUCUAUCACAGAGAGAUUCCCAACCCUUGUAUUUAUUGCAUCGUUAAUGUGCCUGAUAUUCUGGAGACCUGCCUGUGAGGUUUUGGUGACGUGUGCGCACUGUCCGCCGGUCAGCCAAACUUCGGUUUACACCGCCUGCGCUAGGUCUGCGCUGACAGUAGACCUGGUUUCAGCUGGCGAGCUUUUAGCACACCUUCGGCGAAGCCUUUUGGCACGAAACUCACUGCACCAAGCUGGAUCUGUCGACACCUCCCUCUGCUGCGCCGCCACACCUAUCUCAGCGCACGUCGGUCUGCCAAACUACCAAACUGAGCGUGCCUCGGGUUGCGCUGCUCGAAACUAGUUCUGCGCGGGGUUCGCCACCCCCUGCGCCGCGCCGGGAAACUAGAGCCCAUAGUGUUUAUGUUUUUGUUUGGUUGUUAAAAUGCAGUUUUGUACUAAUAUGUUUUUCAUGACAUCGUUGGAACCAAAACAUAAAAAACAGGAAACGGAAAAAAAACAAAUGUCAGACCCUGUGGUGUGGCAUGUUGGUUUGGAUUCUUUGUGUGUGUAUGUGUGUGUGUGUGUGUGUGUGUGUGUGUGUGUGUGUGCAAAUUUACAAAAGGAUCAAAGUAGAAAUUUGUGAAACAUUCAUUCAGAAUUUCAUUCAUUAAACACAACUUUCAAAGCAUGGGUUCAUAUUUACAAAUUCUGACAUUAUAACAUAACCAAACAUAACUUUUUGCCCCGCUGCCCGGACAUAAAAGGGGCCUAGAAAAAUCCAGCAGUCUCAAACUUUUUCAUGUUAAGACCAAAACAGGUGCACAAUAGACCACAGAUCCAUGUUAGAGAGGAUUUUGUCUGAAAGACUCCCCUUUAAAAAAGAUACAUUCCCUGCAAGUUAGUGUAAUAAAUAUGGAAUUAAUCUACUCCCCCAGGGACCCCUAGUGGUCUUUGAAUCCCAGUUAGCAAAUCAUUUUUAUCAACCACUCGAUAACCACAUUACAAAGCAGAUAAAAUAUUGAUGUCACAUGAAUCAAUACAUACAUAGAUGCAUAGAUACUAAAUCAAUAACAGCAUUUCAAAAAUGAUACUAACAGCCUAUUAUCAGUCGCAUCAACACUACACCCUAAAAUCCAGUUUGUUUGUUUUAAUACUGAAACAUCUCAAGUUUUAAUCAUAAUUGCAAGAUUACAAAGCACAAUACGAGCACAUAUUCUUUGUAUUAUUUCCUGCCCCAGUAGCAGUUGUCAGAAAACAUGAGUUUUGUCUCUUUUUCUCUUGCUGUGACAAAGCUGUGCCUUGAUACUUUUACCUGUUUUUAAUCUAUUUUUUCAAUAAAAUUUCA